CGAAAGUACUUUUACAUAUGGAUCUCAUCGCUGCUGAUUCGGAACGUGCUGUGAUUCCAGCCUCGUUCAUUAUGCUCGUCGUUGCCGCGUAGAAAAUAGCUCUGAUGGCUAAUUAGCUCUGGUUCCAGUUAUUUUUGCACAGAUUACAUUCACACCCUGGAGCUGCAUUUUAUUUUUACCGUGGAUUGUCCGUUUGUCAAAUCCGGUGAGUACUAACUAGUGUGUCGCGACAGUUCCUGAGAAUUUUUUUACUACAACCCGCGUACCGAAAAUAGACGCGUCAUGCCUGGCUACCUAGCGAGAGAGCACACGACCUUCAGCGCCCCAUUGCCAAACGAAGUUGCCGCGCAAGCUUGCGCAGCCAGUUUCGGAACUCAAAAUGGAUCCUUUUCGUGAAUUUGGCGAUCAUCAUCCCGGUAGAUCCUCGCAGACCUCGUCGACCGGGUUUCUGAGCAGAAUUUUUGGGGACGACCACAUUCUCGUUCACGUGUCCACCUUCUUCGCUGACGCCUUCCAAGCGAACAAGUUCACGAAGCGCCUGUACAAAUCGCUCUGGCCGGUGUUUCUCGCCGUCUUUGUGGUGACGCUGGUGUUCAUCCUCACCUACUGGUAUAACGCGCUCAGGUGUUACAAUCUCAAGCGUUACAAUAGAGUCUCGAGUUUGUCUUGCAUGACGAGCGUGAGAGAGUCGCAAAUUGUUUCACUUUCUGCAAUACAAAUUUCGCCAGAUUCUAGUGCGGCUUGGGACUCCAGAACGUGUCAUGCGCAGAAGUCCUAUGGGAGUAGGCUAGAUCAUGCACUUCCUGCAUCACAGAUUUCCAUAUUCUAUUGUAACGUUUGAGAUUGUAACACUUGAGCGGGUCAUAACUGGUUUGUGUCGUUUCUAGAUUGGUGUUUCUUUCGCCGGCGGGGCAUCUUUCCGAACAAGCACAGCGACCGAAUCCUGCACGUCGAGGAGUACAGAGACGCCGACUUCGGGGAGCAGCACAAGAUUUCCAGACUGGUCCGGGAC